CUUUAUACCACAACCACUUGCCAGCAACAUCAUACAUGGAUAUGCAACAAGAAAAGCAAGAGGGAAUGUCCAAAGAAACUAUCCCAGGCUUUCGAUUUUAUCCAACUGAAGAUGAGUUAGUUUCUUUCUAUCUUCACAACAAGCUUGAAGAAAAGAGAGUGGAAGAACUCAAUCGAGUCAUCCCAGUCAUCAACAUUUAUGAGUCAGAGCCAUGGCAGCUUCCAAAGCUGUCGGGGGAGUUGUGCAGUGGAGAUGCUGAGCAAUGGUUCUUUUUUGUACCGAGACAAGAAAGAGAAGCUCGAGGUGGAAGGCCUAGCCGGACCACGGCUUCGGGGUACUGGAAAGCCACUGGCUCUCCUAGUCAUGUUUAUUCUUCGGAUAAUAGAGUCAUUGGGGUGAAGAAAAGCUUGGUCUUCUACAAAGGAAAAGCUCCAAUGGGAAGAAAAACUAAGUGGAAGAUGAAUGAGUAUAGAGCUAUUAAGGAAGAAUGGUCUACUUCAUCCACUCACGUCAUUCCUAAGUUAAGGUAUGAAGUUAGCUUGUGUAGGGUCUAUAUCGUAUCAGGAAGCUUUCGAGCAUUUGAUCGAAGGCCAGUAGGGGCAGGUACUUCUAGGGAAGCAGUAGUACCCACCAUUGAAGAUGAUGAUAAAGAUGUUCGUUCUCAGACUCAGAGGGGAGCAACGAUGGACAGAAAAAACUCAGUAGAAAUUUCAGCCUCACCAGAGGAGGUUUCGGUUGAUCGUGUAGAUGGUGAAGGGAAGCACUUGGAGAUGGACGGUGAAUUAAGAAGGAUGUGGGAGUGGGAUCAGUUUAAUGACCAUAUGCAGCUUCCCUAAAUUGUGAACUAGGUUCUGGAUAGGAUUAUGAGGAAUUGAUUUAGACUAAUUAAUUGUGAGUUCAUGGGCUGUAAGAGUUCGUUUUGACAUUAUGUAUUAUUUGUUACUAAGAAUAUUUUGACAUUUUGUAUUUGUUAACUAGGUUCUAGAUAGGAUUAUGGGGAAUUGAUUUAGACUAAAUCGUGAGUUCAGGGGCUGUAAGAGUUGGUUUUGAGUUUUGACAUUUUGUAUUUGAAACUAAGAAUAUUUCGAAGGUCAUCGUUUUGUGUAUAAUAAUGGAGACAAUUUUAAGUGUAAAA